AUGAGCACUGACUUCGGACGCAAGGAUCUGUCUGACAAGAUCGAGGAGAAGGUCACCCCUCAGUCUGCCAAGGGUCCUAUCGAUGUCACCAAGGAGCAUGCCACUGGUCACGCCGACCACAUCGCCAGAGACCUCAAGACCGACGAGCACAAGUCCACCGGCCAGUCUAUGCACGACAAGGUCUCUCGCAUGACCAGCUCCGACACUCCCAGCUCCACCACCAGCUCCACUAUCACUGGUGACCACUCCGCCACCACUACUGGUGAGCACAAGUCUGUCAUGGACAAGGUCAAGGACGCUAUUCCCGGCCUUCACUCCGACAAGCGCUCCGAUGCUGCUGAGGUCAUGGACCCCAACACUUCCACCACCACUACCGACGUUGUCAACAAGAACCUCUAA